GAGUCAGAUGAACUGACAGAAGAUUGACAGCAGCUCCGACCAUCAGAUUGAUAACGUUAUUGUGAACAUACCGGUAAACUUUGAUCAGUGCUCGUCAGGGUUAUGGCUGCUCUGAUCAAACUCGUCUCGCCGUGGAGAUUUCACCGAUUCACUCGAGCUGCAUUGAUACCGUGUGUUCAGUUGCACAGCACCGCUUCAGUUAUGGCAGCUUCAGUGGAAGAUUUCAACAGGGCCAAAGAAAAACUGGGCACUUUGAAGGAAGAUCCAGGGAAUCAAGUCAAACUGAAGAUCUAUGCGCUGUUUAAACAGGCCACACAAGGACCCUGCAACACCCCCAAACCCGGCAUGCUGGACUUUGUGAACAAAGCCAAAUGGGACGCAUGGAAGAGUCUGGGCUCCGUGUCGCAGGAGGAGGCCAGGCAGCAGUACGUGGAUCUCAUCGAGUCUCUGGUGGGAUCAGAAGCUCCUGCAGUGGCGGCGCAGACGACCGGGAGCUCGAAGGCCUUCCAGACCCUGCUGGUCACCACAGAGGACAACAUCACCACCAUACGCCUCAACAGACCUGGGAAGAAAAACGCCAUCACUGCAGAGAUGUACAACGAGCUGAUUGAAGCUUUGGAUCUUGCUGGAAAAGACGAUUCUGUUAUUACCGUGAUGACAGGUAAUGGGGAUUAUUACUGCAGCGGAAACGACCUGAACAACUUUACGAAGAUCCCUGAGGGUGGAGUGGAGGACCUGGCUAAACAAUCUGGGGAGUUGCUGAAGCGGUACGUGAAGGCGUACAUUGACUUCCCCAAACCUCUGAUUGGAGUGAUAAACGGGCCGGCGGUGGGUGUAUCCGUCACCCUGCUGGGACUGUUUGAUGUUGUUUAUGCCACAGACAGGGCGACGUUUCACACACCCUUCAGUCAGUUGGGUCAGAGUCCGGAGGGCUGCUCUUCAUAUCUGUUCCCCAAAAUAAUGGGCACAGCAAAGGCUAGUGAGAUGCUGUUGUUUAAUAAGAAGCUGACGGCCACACAGGCCUGUGAAGUGGGUCUGGUGACUGAGGUCUUUCCUGAAAGCUCCUUCCAGAGCGAAGUGUGGACCAGACUGAAGGCCUACGCCAAACUGCCCAAGAACUCUCUGGCUCUGUCGAAGCAGCUGAUCCGCGGAGUGGAGAAAGACAAACUUUACGCCGUGAACGACGCAGAAGUGGAGAGGCUGGUGGAGCGCUGGCUCUCAGAUGAAUGCAUGCAGGCCAUCAUGGCCUUCUUCCAGGCCAAGUCUAAACUUUGAGGAGAGGAACACACACAGCCUAUCCAGGAGAUUCUGCUGUUAAUCUGACAUACAACAUAAAGACUAGCCAACUAAUCUAAACAGUGUGUUGUCCAAAAUUAUUGGAUGACAUUUUUAUAAGACAUUUUUAUUAAUUUCUGUCAUAUCACUUUAACUUAAAAACAUGUAAUAAACAGUACUUCAUUUUCUGUACCACCGGAUGUGCUCUUAGUAGGUUGUAACAGUCAGUGCCUUACUAAUGUGAAUGCAUUUGUAAAAAUAGUCACACUUUAUAUUACGUGGCCUGCUAUGUGCCAUCAUUAAAUACAAAACCAUGGAUUUAUAAAAGGGUAUUAAUUGUUUGGUUUUUUUCCACACAUUUAU